GCUCUGGCCUCCCCCCCGGGGUGCCUCCAGCCACGACCCCGCGGCGGUGCUUGGGUCACGCACCCCCCAGGGCUUUACGUCGGGAUUAAGGCUGACCCCAGGAGGUUUUUUGGGGAGCUGAAAUGAGAUUUUGGGAAUCUCCUCGUGUCCCCCCCCAGGCGCCGCACCGCCUGCGCCAGCUGACGGGGCUGGAGAAGCAAACCCUCUACGUCGGCCCCCAGACCGUGCCCGCGGCCCCCCACCUCCCGGGGCUCUUCCAGGGCACCGAGCUGAAGCCUGACGAGGUGAAAGGCGGCCACAGGGUGACCGAAUUCCUCACCUACAACUGCCUGGCCACGGACACCGACCUCUACAGCGAGUGCCUGCGGACCUUCUGGACGUGUCCCCACUGCGGUCUCCACAUGCCCUUCACCCCCCUGGAGAGAAUGUGCCACGAGAGCUCCUGCCAGCCCACCGAGGCCCCCCCGGAGGAAGAGGUUGGGGGUUCUUCCAAAACCUCCGCCCUGCACCGCCUCUACCACUGCGACAUCUGCCAGCAGGACUUCACCCUCACGCCCACCGAAAUCCUCCGGCACAAGAAGCAGCACCAGUGAGCCCUGGGAGGGUGGAGACCCCCAAAAUUGGGGGAGCCCCCUGCUCUGCUGCCCUUGGUGUCCUUGGAGACAUCAGCCGCAUCCUCGAGGACGUGGCGUGGGUCAUCGUUGACACUGUCACGUUGCCUCAGGAACUUCCAUUUGCUCACCUAUCCGAAAAAAUGAGAAGAGCCAGGCAUCAUCACCGCUGGUAGGAGAGCGCUGUUAAAAAUUAAGGAUCAGCACAAAUCUCGCUGCUCUUUCAUCAUUAACAACGGUUCUGUAAAAAAUAAAUAACGAAAAUAAACCCCACACCUCUUCA